AUGCUGAUGCUAGUUAGACCAGACGUCAUAGAGGUGUUCCUCCUCAAAUUCCGCUGUUUUCAUUCCAUCCCACCCUUCUCUACAAAUCCCGCACUAUUGAAAAUUUCGACGGUUCGACCUGAGAACUCUUCGCCUGCUUCCACGUCUUCGGAAGACUUCACGAGUAGCUCCUACUCAGACAAUGAGAAGAUCGAAUCUGCUCCUGAACGCAAAGACUCAAAUGCAACUCUGAGAAUACCCCCAUUAAAUGUAUCAGAGAAAGGACAAGCAGCUCACUUCACCUCCCAGCCUAUUCAAGGUCCUGAUGGAACCACCCUUGACAUUCUGGAGGGGAUUCCUCCGUUGGCGGAAGCUCCCGCCCCAGCUUCAGGAUCGACAUUUGGCAAAGCUUGUCUUAGGAUCGUUGGGAUCGGCAAGAAGAACGCAGCACACGCUGGAAAUGCUAUAACUACGCAGCCGUCUGUCUUCGAUACCCCUCAAAGAGAUCAUUAUACGCCGAAAUCAUAA